AUGUUUGCUCAAAAUGACCACCUUCCAGCUUCACAAUUGCAUCAAACCAAUCUCACUCCAAACGGACUUAUCAAUAAUAGUCUUAACAAUCAAUUUGGCAUUAAUCAAGGCCCUUUUAAUCAUUCAUUUAAUACAAAUGGUCCUGCUAAUCAUUCAAAUCCAACUAUGCAUCAUAAUCAGAAUCAUAAUCUCAAUCAACUCGAUACCAAUCCCAUUGAUCUUGAUCAAUGUAUUCCUAUUUACACGAAUCCACGUCAAACAAUCAGUCUCAAUCAAAAUAACCAUCUUAAUAGCAAUCUACAUCCUAUUAUUGAUCCUGCUCGACAGUUACAUAGCCGUAUUGAUAUCAAUCAAACUAGCCUUUCAACCGUUAACCGAGAUCAUCUGAUUGAUACAAGUAAUUACCAAGAUAAUCAAACAUCAAAUCCCAACCAAACUCAUCAUCAGAUUACAGUUCCAAGACCUCAACGUGCACCUAUAACUAUCAACCUCAAUUCUCUAACCAAUUGCGCAUCAACUGAAACAGAUUCAUCGAACUCAUGCUUCCAACAGCCAUCUCUCGCACAGCAAGUAAGACCUACCCUACCAAUGCCAUCAAUGCCACCUGUACAAUUAAAUCAAACUUCACAAACAACAAAGAAGGCAUCAUCGCGAGUGAAAAAAUCGACCCAAAGUAAGAAUGCUAAGGAAAAACCAACAGAAAAGCAACCUACACACGUAGGAGACUCGACAACAGCCACCACAACAGCCACCAAGACCUCGAAGGCCACCAUUGAUGAGUUUCUAGCACCAUCGUUCCGUUUACCUGAUGAUGUAAAACUCCCAGAACAAUUUACAGUUGAUCAAUUGUAUAAUAAAUUUAAUGCUGCAGAGCUUAGAAGGAUGGCCGACAAGCAUAGCCGAGGAGACGGUACAAAGAAAGGCGGAUUGUCGAAAGCCAAAAAAGAAAUCCUCCGCAACUUCCAUUACUCCUCCGAGAAGCUUCUCGCGAUCUUGUGCAUACAUCUUGGAAUAUCACAAGAUGUUGCGGCAACGGAAGUUGGAAAAUGGACGUAUCUCCGAGCUUCAAGGGCUUACGAUUACUUCAAGGGGACUCAGCAAGUGAGGGAGAUCUACCGGAACAACGGCGGAGCAACAAAUAACGUAGCUGUGCAACUGGUGAAGGAGCUCUGGGCCACCUUAUCACAGGACGAGAAGGAGGCGUUGAUUCCCAAGGAUUGUGAUAUUGACACAUCAGACAACGUCGAUGAAGGUCUCGAUAAUUAUGGUCUCGAUCAUGUAGAGAUACCAGACAAUAGACCCAUUCAAAAGGGCCUAGUCACAGUGGUUCGUGGAUCCAACGAUGAAGUUACUCGUCAGGCUGGCUUGCGGACAAGGGGACGCGACUUAGAGCGCUCAAGAAUUCACUGCGAAGAUUUUGUAUCCGAUUUUAUCAAGAAGGCAAACCACAUGUCUCGCAUUCAUCCGGUCCAAUUCACCAUCACAGCGGUGUCGACUCACCUUUCAACACAUUGCUUUCAAUUCAUGGCCACUACACCUGGUCUGUGGGAUUGGGCUGACUAUGACCUCGGUUCGUCUGCAAAGCAUGAAAGCACUACCUCAAAAAUGCAAGCGUAUGUUACAGGUAAGACAAUCGCAGGCCUUGUACGGCCUAAGAGAGCAAGAGGUCCAACAGUGGAAAAGGAUAAGUUGAAGGACAGUUUGAACCAGAUAAUGCAAAAAGUUACUAAGAAGCCGCAAGGGCGUUGGCCGUGGUCAAAUUGUGAAGAUCGACUGCGAGACGAAGGUUUCAACUUACAAUACGAACCAUCCGACUGCCUCUACAGAUCUUGGAUCACUAAACCCAAUUCUGGUCUCACGGAAGAAAUGGCUCGAAGAGUAAACAUUGACAUGCUUUUGAACCCCAUCUCCCUCAUCCCGAUUGAGGGCUUCAUUCUUGACAAGUAUCGGGUGAAGAACAAGAAGCGGAGGAUGUCUUCUGAGACGGAAGAAGCCCGCAUAGGGGAGAAUGGAGAUGAUAGUGACUGA